AUGGACAGAACCACUUCAGCUACGCUCACUUUGGUGGUUUUCUUCCUCUGCUGGAGUUGUCACGCCAAGGACAAUGCUGAAGCUCAAUCCUGCCCAGAAUACCAGGAAGGUUUCGACGGCUCGUGCUACGAGUUUGUGGAUCUGCAGCGAUCCUUUCGAGAUGCUGAGGAAUGGUGUGAGCGAGGCGGAGGACACUUGACCUUUAUCCUGAACGAUGAGAUGCAGCAGUUCCUUCAGAAGCACCUGAAGCCUGACAGGAACUGGUGGCUCGGAGUGGCACCUGCUGCUCCCAACCUCACGCUUGACUCUGCUGCCACUGAGGGUGUUCUCGCAUGGUUGGACAGCUCAGAUGUAAGUUACAGUAACUGGGUUAACUUGCCAGAUGAUCAAGCAGCCUGCGCGUAUGUCCUGAGACACUCAGGCUUUCAGUGGGAAGCUACAGAAAACUGCAGGCAGGAAUUUAACUUCAUUUGCCAAUUUGAUUCUGGGAGAUCAAUUGCAUGUGAUGGCCAAAAUGCUACACUGCAGUGUGGUUCUGGUCAAGUUAUAGAGAUUGAUGACAGUUUUUACGGUCGUAAAACAAUCCACUACUGCCGAUCCCAACUUACACCCUCACCCACAUCUUCACAGGAAGAGUGCAGCUGGAUCGAUGUAACAGAUUAUGUAACGGCUCACUGCCACGGACUGCAGGCUUGCCAGGCUGGAGUAGAUCUGAGCACUUUUGGUGAACCAUGUCCGGUGCUGGGAAGUUACCUGUCUGCAGAGUAUCGCUGCAAAAAUGGGCUUCAGCUGCUGAUGAGUAAACUUGCAGCUGUCUUCGAUAAUGUCACCAUCACUGUGAAGUGGCUCCUUCAUCCAUUCCAGGGAAACUUAACAUGCACAGUGAAUGCUGGGGAUGGCCACACUAUUGAUCCGUACAGCCCAGAAGAGAUGGAGAGCACAAUUAUACACAAAUUCACACAUCCUGGUGUCUUCCUGGUUGGAGUGGAGUGCACUACCAGUGACUGGAAUGUCGCAGCUCAGAAGUCCAUAACGAUUCAGGAGCCAGUUGGAGACUUCAGUGUGAUCAUGUGUAAUGGCCAGAAUAUGUCAACAGGUGGCGCUAAAUGCAAUGCCCUCUUCAAUAUUCCAGUUCAAAUCCAACUUGCAGUGGAGGCAGGUACAAAUGUUUCCUACACAAUUCAUCAUGAAGCCCAUUUAGUCGCAAAUCAAUCAGUGGGCAGCGGAAUCAUACCACACAAUAUUACCCUGAAUGCAAGCAUGGUGGAGAAGCUCGGUCAUGGCUGCCACAACUUCACCUUAGCUGCAUGUAACAGGGUCACAACCCGCACGGUGUCUGCUCAUCUAGAGCUGUGUCUGCUGCAUCCCGUUGAAGGCCUGCAGGCCUCUGUGAUUGCGGAGGAAGACGUAUGUCCCGACUCGGGUGAUCUCAUCAUUAACAUUUCACUGGAGCGAGGAGCCCCUGUGGAGCUGCUCUUCACACUCACUGGAGCUGAGGACACUCUGUCAAAGAGCAGAGACAUGCUCGCUGAUGGCUUGCAAACUUACACAUUCUCCAGCCCACUUAAAGGAUCUUUGCAAAUGAACGUAAGAGCCACCAAUGGCCUUUCAUCCUUUGAUGUCGAUGUGGACUUAGACAAGAUUCUUGAGGCUUGCCAGAAUUACUCUGACUUUUCACCAAGUACAGAUGAACAUACAGUAUAUAAUGUGAGUGACAGUGACUCUGCUGACUUGAAAAUAAUUGCUACUCCUGACACUUUGGUUGACUACACUCAGAGCGUUACACUGACAGUAACUGGAACUGAAUCACUGCCUAGCAAAGAACUGGCAUAUGAAUGGGAAUGCAGAGGAGAUUGCAAAUGCAAAAACAAAACAAUGGAUGAAACUCAUGUGAUUGAACGAGACUGCCUCCCAGAUCCAUUUGAAAUGUUCAGAUACAUUUUAAGAGUAAAGAGAAGGACUUGGUUUAGGAAAUGGGCUGAACUUGGAACAGCUUCUAAAUGUGUCUCUGUUGUUCCUUCAAAAGAACUCACAGAUGUCACCAUCAGCUGUGAUAAUUGUGCUUCAAUAAAUGUGAAUGACCAGGCAAAGCUAAGACUGAGCUGUUUGACGACUUGCCCACAUCUAGUUUGGUAUAUUGAGGACCUUAAACCUUUGACAGGUAGCCUCGGUAGAUGCUACUCCAAAGCGGGAAGACGGCCCCUUACGGAGAAGCACGAUGGCAACACUAAAUAUACCGUUCACAGCCAAUAUCUAAAAGUCUCAAGGGACAUGCAGCAGAACAUCACUGUAAUUGCUUAUGACAAGAAGGAGCCCGGUUUUGUCAAGUACACACUUCCUAUACCAGACCCUGAGCCAACUGAACCACCUACAAACUCAGUAGUCACAACUGAUGCACUGAUGGAUCCCUCAGUGCCCUCAUGUAGCAUCUCCCCACCGUCAGGAACUGUUCUCGAUGCUUUUGACAUUACCUGCAAAACAACUUCUUUCUGCUCUACAGGCUGUCUCUAUUGCUUCAUGACCAACACAGGCACACAUCUACGAUGCAGUACUUCAAAUGAGGUGAGGUCAGUCUUCUUGCCUCUCGGAGAUGCCAACAACAAGUACAGUUUGUCUGUUGUGGUGACUGUGAAAAAUGAACGAAAAACAGCAACUUCAACUGUCAUCACUCAGGUACGGAAAGGUGACUCCAGUGCCUCCGUUAGCACUCUCCAGUCUGCAGUGGAGGACUCUGUGAGUCAGUUAGAGCAGCAAGGUCUGCUCACCGGUGAGGCGCUUGGACAAAUAUUUGCUUCUGUUUCUGAUAUGCUGAAUACAGUGAGUGGCCAACAUCAGAAGGACGAGCGGUCAAAGCUGAGAGAGCAAAUGCUGACCAGAAUGAGUACAGUUCUGCAGGACUGCCCCAGCAACACGACUCAGGAAGUGCAAGUGACCGCCAGAGCUGUGGCUGGGCUCACACACCGCUCAGAGGAGCUCAGUCCUGCUGCUCAAGAAGAAGCGGGUUCUCUGUUGGUAGACCUCAGCUCCUCCCUCAACAGUAUCAGCAUCAAUCAGCAGAGCACAGAUGAUGUAGAUCUGGUGCAAGCAGCUGCACCCAUAGUUGAAGCAGCCAGUAAUAUUUUGAAUGUUUCAUCAAAUAAAAAAGUCUCAGAGUUUCUUCUGACUGGGAUAAAUAAUGUCCAGAGUGCUCUGCUGAAUAACAAAGAGCUGAACGGAGAGCCUGCCAUCAUUGACUCUGGUCAAAUCAGUGUGUAUGUGAACAGGAUUUCUCCAAAAAGCAUGCAAAUGCUGGAUAUAAAUGCUCAGAAGAACAGCUCCUCAAGCUUUUCCUUCCCUGCUCUUCCUCCUGAUAUUGUCUCUCCAGAUGAGCCAGUGGACGUCAGAAUGAUGAGUUUUGAGAAGAAUCCAUAUUCUUGGAAGGAGGAGAACAUCACAGGAACUGUGGGAUCCGUUUCCCUCACCAGAGUGAAUGGAAAUGUCAUACCUGUUGAGAACUUACCCGAAGAGAUAGAGAUUCUCCUACCCCGGCUUGACAGUGGACAGGAGAACAGCACAGUCAUGGACCUCGCCAAUUUCAGCACAUUAAUCAUUGACGUUCCCUCUCCGGAUGUAACACUGGUGCUGAAAAUUGAGCCUUCUGAAGACAUUUCCUUCAUGCUCUUCCUGGGAUAUAAAGAUUAUCCAAGUGAUAAGGAUUAUGUAGCCAAGACAAAGAUCCCUAUAGAGAACGCAAGAGAAGAAGAAAAAUUUACUUGGGUGCUGAGUCCCAAAGACAGAACAGAAGAUAUUGGUGAGCACUACCUUGUUAUAAAGCCCAUUGUAGAGCCAGGAAUCAAAUCCAUCAAUGCCAGUGUCACUGUCAUCUCCAUUGCUGCCCAGUGCAAAUACUGGAAUGAAACUGGGUCUUUUUGGAGUGAGGAUGGCUGCAGGGUAGGUGGAAAAAAAUCACACCCAAACUGAUUGCAUUAUUACUUCCCACAGGUUGGUCCACUCACCACACCUUUGGUCACUCAGUGUCUCUGUAACCACUUGACUUUCUUUGGCAGCUCCUUCUUUGUCAUGCCUAACUUAGUGGAUGUGUCACGCACCGCUGAACUUUUUGCUACAUUCACAAACAACCCCGUUGUGGUGUGUUUUGUCGGAGCCAUUUUUUGUGCUUAUCUAUUGGUGGUGGUAUGGGCGCGCAGGAAAGACAUGCAAGAUUCAGUCAAGGUCAAAAUAACAGUUCUUGAGGACAACGACCCCUUGGCUCAGUAUCGUUACCUGCUGAGUAUUAACACAGGACACCGACAUGGUGCAUCCACUUCCUCUCAGGUAACCAUAACUCUGCUGGGUACAGAGGGAGAAAGUGAGCCCCACCACCUGACAGACUCGGAGAAGCCUGUGUUUGAGAGAGGUGGGGGGGACAUGUUUCUGCUGACCACACACUUUUCUCUUGGAGAGCUACAGAGCAUAAGACUGUGGCACGACAACUCAGGAGAUCACCCUGCAUGGUAUGUUAGCAAAGUGAUGGUGCAGGAUCUGGAGACUGGUCAAAAGUGGCACUUUCUCUGUAACUCCUGGCUGGCUGUAGAUAUGGAAGAGUGCACUCUCGACAAGGUAUUCCCAGUAGCAACGGAGAUGGAUCUAAAGAGAUUUAGUAAUCUGUUCUUCAUGAAGACAGCCAAGGAUUUCCGUGACGGCCACAUCUGGUUCUCUGUCAUUAGUCGACCUCCGUGCAGCACUUUCACACGUGUGCAGAGAGUGUCCUGCUGUUUUUCCUUACUGCUGUGCACCAUGCUGACCAGCAUCAUGUUCUGGGGCAUCCCCACAGACCCCUCUGAGCAGACGAUGGACCUAGGUCAUAUCGAGUUUACCUGGCAACAGGUUAUGAUUGGAGUUCAAAGUUCAAUCAUCAUGUUCCCCAUCAAUCUGCUCAUCGUGAGUAUCUUCAGAAACACUCGUCCUCGAGAGAAAACCACCAAAGCAGAUGCAAAACAGGGGAAGACUGUCCGAGUUUCUCCCUCACAGACGUCGUCCCCACAGAAAGAGAUAAAGGACAUCACACCAGAUACUGUGAUGAAGGACAUAAAAAGAAUCGCUCAGUCACUCUCAAAGGCCAUGAAGAGCACACUGCCACAUCUGGAGCUCCAUCACGGUCAGCAGGCUGACAUCAACAGUCUGCUGUCUCUGGUGGAGGACAUCAUCAGACAGCAAAACCAAGCAGCUGAAGACUUCUACACUGAUUCUUCAAAAAAAGAUCAAGCUAUGAUCCUUAGUUUGGGCGCGGUGAAUCUGCAAGAAACCAGUGUGUGGGAGGGCUCUGAAAAAACUUUAGAUCUAGCCCAGAAGAAGAGCAACAAGAGCCGGUACCUGUACAGACAACUGCAGCUUGUCGAGAAGGAGCUUGGUAUGUUGAGACCUUCUCAGUUUCCAAAUCCAGACAGCUACAACCGAGCCAUGCAGCAAGUUCGUGGAAUGAAGGGGCUCCUAGAAUACCACCUACCCAUGUCAAUCCUAGAUGGAGACAAGCUCAGCUGUUUCCCCGGGCCAGAGGAGAGUCUUGGUGGCAAGAAGAAAUGCUGCCAAGUAGGGCUGCCGUGGUGGUUUGUCUUUAUCGGGUGGAUACUGGUGAUCGCAACCAGUGGCGUGUCAGGAUACUUCACUAUGAUGUAUGGGCUGACUUACGGGAAAGACCGUUCUAUAAGCUGGCUUAUCUCCAUGGUGGUCUCCUUUUUUGAGAGUCUCUUUAUCACCCAGCCUUUAAAGGUUCUUGGAUUUGCUGCUUUCUUUGCACUCGUCCUGAAGAAAGUUGAUCAGGAGGAAUACGGAGAACCAGCCAUAGAAGAAAGUCUCAGAAGCCCAGAUAAUCCUGAUGCAGUCCAGGCAGCAAGAAGAGACAGCACCUGCAGUUUCUAUAAACCGCCACCUCCCACUGAUAUCGAGAAGAUGCGGAACAACAUGAUUAAAGAGCAGAAAGUCUUUGCACUCAUACGGGAGAUUGUCGUCUAUAUGGGAUUUAUGUGGAUGUUACUCCUGGUGGCAUACGGUCAGAGGGACCCCAACGGCUACUUUCUGACCCAACACAUUCGCAAGAGCUUCAGCAAAGGCAUCUCAGACACAAUGAGCAUUCAAGAUGUGUUCAACUGGUCAAACACGACUCUGCUGAGCAACUUGUUUGGAGAGUACCCAGGAUUUAUCACUGAUGGAAACUCAAAGCUUGUGGGCAACGCUCGUCUCCGCCAGGUGAGGGUGCAGAAAAACUCUUGCCACGUAACUCGAUCCAUGCAGGAGUCUAUCCCGGACUGUCACACUCCGUACUCAUGGGAGUUGGAGGACAUGGGCUCCUACGGCCCAGGUUGGACUCGACCUGUAGGUCCUAAUGCUUCAGCGAACAUUCACGACCCGUGGAAGUACAAGUCUCAGCGUAAACUGAGGGCCUACCCCAUCUGGGGAAAUGUGAAGCUCUACAGAGGAGGAGGGUUUGUGAUGGAUCUGGGGCCAGAUUUCCAAAACUCCAGCAGAACCCUUCAGUACCUUUAUGAGAACACCUGGUUUGACGUGUACACCCAAGCAAUCUUUGUUGAGUUCACUGUGUACAAUGCCAAUGUCAACCUCUUCUGCAUCGUCACGCUCAUGCUGGAGACCACAGCAAUAGGAGCUUUCCAGUUCCGCAGUGAACUUCAGACUGUGCGUCUUUACCAGUCGACCGGUGGCCUUCACAUCUUUGUCAUGGCCUCUGAAAUCAUCUACUUUCUUUUCAUCAUCUAUUACAUGUUUGUUCAGGGAAAGUUGAUGAAGAAACAGAAAUGGACUUAUUUCAAGAAUAAGUGGAACCUGCUCGAGUUGGCGAUCAUCAUUCUCAGCUGGAGCGCCCUGUGUGUUUUCAUCAAGAGGACUUUACUCGGGAACAGAGACAUGAACUAUUACCAGAACAACAAAGAGCAGUUCGUCAGUUUCCAUGAAACAGCUAAGGCCGAUGCAGUGCUUGGAUAUCUGAUUGCCUUUCUGGUACUGCUGGCUACAGUCAAACUGUGGCACCUGCUGAGACUGAACCCCAAGCUGCACAUGAUUACAGCCACACUGCAGCGAGCUUGGACUGAUAUUUCAGGCUUCCUGGUGGUCAUGACCAUCAUGUUUCUGGCCUACUCUAUUGCUUCUAACCUGAUGUAUGGCUGGAAGCUGUACUCCUAUCGGACUCUGCUUGAUGCCGUGCAGACCAUGGUCAGCUUGCAGCUUGGUAUUUUUAACUAUGAAGAGGUACUAAAUUACAAUCCAGUGCUCGGUGCUUUCCUCAUCGGGUCCUGCAUCGUGUUUAUGACCUUUGUGGUGCUGAACCUCUUCAUCUCCGUCAUUCUGGUGGCAUUCACACAGGAGCAGAUACAUCAUAAGCCGUCAGAAGAGGAUGAGAUUGUGGACCUGAUGCUAAUGAAAAUCUGCAGUUUGUUUGGAAUCAAAUGUAAGAAAGAAGGAGGAGACGGCCUGUCCGGGAGGCCAGAUACUUCGUCUGCGCCAAAUAACACACUCUCGACUAUUUCUUCUGGGAAUAUUCAUGAUGGAUGA